CGUUUUAACCGAAAAAUAACCAAGAACCGGGACCGAUAAACCGAAAAUCAGCAUCAAGUAAAUGUGAUAUCGUCCGUCUCUGAGAAAGUGAGAAGAGAGCACGCACAUCAUCUCUUUGCUUUCAUCAUCUCCUUCAUCACCAAGCCAAGUCUCUCAAGGUAUCGCAAUCCAGAUCUGAUCGGUUGACUUGUACUCUAGAGAAAUGAGUCAGCAGAAAGGAUUGAUUUACAGCUUCGUAGCCAAAGGAACCGUCGUUUUAGCGGAGCAUACUCCUUACUCAGGAAACUUUAGCACCAUUGCUGUUCAGUGUCUCCAGAAGCUUCCCAAAAAUAGCAGCAAGUAUACUUACUCUUGCGAUGGCCACACCUUCAAUUUCCUUGUCGAAAACAAUGGUUUCGUGUUUCUUGUGGUUGCUGAUGAGUCCACUGGAAGAAGUGUUCCUUUCGUGUUCCUUGAGCGGGUUAAGGAAGAUUUCAAGAAGCGGUAUGAGGCGAGUAUAAAGAACGAUGAGCCGCACCCUCUUGCAGAUGAUGAUGAAGACGAUGAUUUGUUUGGGGAUCGGUUUAGCAUUGCGUACAAUCUUGACAGGGAGUUCGGGCCUAUACUUAAGGAGCAUAUGCAGUAUUGUAUGAGCCAUCCUGAAGAGAUGAGCAAACUUUCAAAGUUGAAGGCCCAAAUUAAUGAUGUCAAGGGGAUCAUGAUGGACAACAUUGAGAAGGUUCUAGACAGAGGAGAGAAGAUAGAACUGCUGGUAGACAAAACAGAGAACCUACAGUUCCAAGCGGAUAGCUUCCAAAGACAAGGGAGGCAGCUAAGAAGGAAGAUGUGGAUACAGAGCCUGCAGAUGAAGCUGAUGGUGGGAGGUGCUAUUUUGUCCUUUAUUCUCAUCGUUUGGGUUGUUGCUUGUGGUGGUUUUAAAUGCUCGUCAUGAUGUUUUGCUCUCGUUUGUUUCUGUUUGAUCGUCACCACCUUGUUUUCACACGUAAAACGCAUGCUCAUGUUUGUACAUGUUGGAACUUAUAAUAACAUAUCAUGAUCAUCACUCCCACAAGCUUAUCUAUAAUGCUAUAUAUGCACACGCAAAAAUAGAUCAAGUUUCUGGUGUGUGCUUGCUUUCAGUGAUUCUUAAAUUUA